GCCCCAGGUCCCGCCCCUCGUUCCCGGAAGUAGGGGGGAGAGGCGUUGCCAUGACGGCGUCCCUCGGGCAGGUGCUGGCGCUGGUGCUGGUGGCGGCCCUGUGGGGGGGCACGCAGCCGCUGCUGAAGCGCGCCUCGGCCGGCCUGCGGCAGGUGCGGGAACAGACCUGGGCCCGGCAGUGGCUGCAGGAGGUGAAGACCCUCGUCCUGAACACGCAGUACCUGGUGCCCUUUCUCCUCAACCAGUGCGGCUCCCUCCUCUUCUACCUCACCCUGGCAUCCACAGAUCUGACCCUAGCUGUGCCCAUCUGCAACUCCCUGGCCAUCGUCUUUACGCUGAUUGUCGGGAAGGCCCUAGGAGAAGAUGUUGGUGGGAAGCGUGCAGUGGCUGGUCUGGCGCUCACAGUGACGGCCAUCACCCUCUGCAUCACCAGCUCAGUGAGCAAGGCCCAGGAGCAGCCGUCCCCUCUGUGAGUGGGCCGGACCCCAAUGGUGCCGCUGUCUCCAGGACGCCCCUAGCCGCAAGGAGUGAGCAGGUUGCCCUGAUGCCGCAGCUCUGAGCCCCGGCCUCCUCUGUCAUGCGGACAAGCGCUACCUCACAGAUCCAGUAAGAAACCGUGUGUGUGGGUCAUAACCCAGCGGUGCUCGCUGCUGGGAGGCAGCCCGGGACAUCACCUCCCUGCCUUUCCACCCUGGCAGCUCGUCCUGCCGUGGCCCCAGGCUGAGCCCAGCACGAUUACUGGGCUGACCUGCGCUGCUGCAGUAGCAGGGCUGGGCUGCAAGCAUGUCAGGGGCUGCUGGUCUCUGAGGCUGGAAUGCAAAGGGGAGGCCUCAGGCUCGGGGCCUUUGCUGACCUUGUGGUGGUACUGAGGGGAGAUGGUGUGUUGGGGCAGAAUGGUGAGUGGAGCUGUCUGUCCCGCGCGUGAGCCCCAGCACCCGAGGACACCUGGCCCUCGGAGCCUUCAGUAAAUCUGGGUGAACACGCAGGUCACCAGGCGUCC